AUGGCCGACGCCGCCACAACAGCCACCAAUGGUGGUGAUCCAACGACAAAGCCAUCAUUUCGAUGUCCAGAAACGUGCAACUACGAUACACCUGAAAUGCCAACGUUUGAGGAAUUCUGUUCAAGUGCCCCAAUCCGAACAACGCGAGCCUCCGAGCCUCCGGCGGGUACGCAGCGGCAUCUACAUCCACAGCACGAGGAGCAACAAGUUCAACUACAGCAGGAAAAACCGCCGGUUCUCGUACAGCAACUAGAACAACAACAGAAACAGCAACGACAAGCAGAACUACAACAACAGCAACAACCACAACGGGAUCAGGAGCGACGGCCGCAACAAACGCCGCAUCAACAGCAGCAGCAAAAACCCCCCGAUCCACAACAACGAAGACAACAAUCGCUGCAGCACACGCAGCUGCGGCCGCAGCAACAAAAACAGCCACCUGCCCCGCCGCAACAAGUGCACAACCUGCAGCAGCAGCAACUACAGCAGCCGUCGAAGCAUGAAGCCAAUUCGGGGAAAGGCACAGAAGUCAAAUUACCUGUCGAGCAGAAGAGUGAAGGCUACCUUAAGGAGUUCGAAGAGCUCACAAGAAAACCGCCGCGACUACGUGCUGGCGAAGAGCCCGAUGGUUUACCUCUAGCGACCACGUUUUGUAAUGCGUCUCUCGAGGAACGUCGGAAUAUUUGGGACCGUUUGUGGGAGUUGGAUAAGAAAGCGUGCGAAACCGUGUGUCAAAUGGAAAAGUUAUUCGAUAGGUUCGAUUGUAAUCUAAGGUACUCAGUGCGUUGGAGCUGCAAACAUUGCCUGGAUUCGUAUCGUGAAUGGACGUGUGCGAUGCGAUUACCCAUAUUUCACCCGAUGACAGGGGCACUUUGGAAACCCUGCAGGAGUAUAUGCACUGAUGUGGAAGAAAGAUGUCCUCACUUCCAUCCGAUCCAGGGCGAAGCAUAUGCCGGAGAGCCACUGUUCUAUUGCAUCGACCCGAAUAUCGCUGAACCUGAGAACAAGUCGCUCUUCGCUUCAAGCGAUAGGUGCUAUAUGGCGUGUUGGCUGAAGGAGAAUCCCAAGGCCAGGCUGCCUGAAAUUUUCACCAAUAGCGACAUGGCCACCCUCAUUAGUCCAACAAACAGAGAUGAAACCACUCAGGCGUCGAUCAAGGUCGAUCUCAACACAGUCGGCCGGAACGAAAAUCAGAGAGACGAGCUGCUGGAAACGACGCCCGCUCCACUCCCGGUGGAUGUUAUAGUCUCAGACACCAACACGGAAUCAGUGGACGGAGAUAACACAACAGACCGUGAUUCCCAAGGCUGUCCGGCAAUAGACUGGCUACAGGAAGAUCCGUCUCUGAAAAGCAUUUCGACGGAGAAUCGUGUCGGUCAGUCUCUGACUUCUGCUGCGAUCAGCUUUCGACGAGCUCAUCAGCCGCGACUCUGGUCGAUGGUCUGGAUCGGCGUCGGUAGCCUCCUGUUGGGAAGGAGUUCGUCAUCAAAGCGCAGUCUCUUCUGCGUCUUCUGCGGUGUCGUCGGUGUCGUAUUUUUCUCGAGCAGCUUCUGCAGCUCGUCGGGUCGCUUUCAAGAGGCGGCCACGUAG